UUCUUAUGCAUAUGACUUUUUAUACGACUUUCACGGCCGGGUAAUAUUUUAAUUGGCAAUACUCAGUUGGUUUAUCGGAGUCGUUGGUUUACUGCUGUCAAAUCAAAUGUAUUGGAUAAAAUGUCAACUCGUUUUGUAGAGUCGUAUUUGUGUUAGAUGUGAUUUUUAAAAAUAUCUAAUUUUUACAAUAUAAUGUGUGACAAUGGCAUCUGUAAAGGUAGCCGUAAGGGUUCGCCCAUUCAAUCAAAGGGAGAAGGACAUGAAUGCAAAACUCAUUGUUCAAAUGGAUGGCAAAAAGACAAGACUCCUCACUGUAAAAAAUAGCAAAGAGCAAAACGAUGGCAGCCGGGAGAAAUACAAGGAUUUCACAUUCGACCAUUCCUACUGGUCUUACGACCAUGGGGACAGUCACUAUGCGUCACAGGAACAGGUGUUCUCUGACCUGGGUGUGGACGUCAUUGACAGCGCGUUUGAGGGCUACAACGCGUGUGUGUUCGCAUAUGGACAAACCGGCAGCGGGAAGACAUUCACCAUGAUGGGAUCUCCGGAAUGUCAAGGUCUUAUCCCGCGGAUAUGCCGGCAACUGUUCUCCCGUAUGGCGGCUGGAAAAGAGUCAGGUUCCUCCUACCGUACGGAAGUCAGUUAUCUGGAGAUUUACAACGAACGCGUCAAGGACCUGCUGUCAGGGGAUGCAGGGCACUCCCUAAGGGUCCGAGAACAUCCCAAACUAGGACCCUAUGUGCAAGACCUCUCAAGACAUCUUGUAUCGGAUUAUGAUGACAUACAGGAGUGCAUGACCCGUGGCAACCAGCAACGCACGACCGCGUCGACGCAGAUGAACGAUGUUUCGUCUCGCUCGCACGCCAUCUUCACGCUCACAUUUGUGCGUGCCGGGUACACGCGUCACAACAACAUGCCUAGUGAGACUCUCUCCAAAGUGCACCUCGUCGACCUCGCCGGCAGCGAGCGUGCGGACGCUACGGGCGCGACAGGUCAGCGGCUGGUUGAGGGCGCGCACAUCAACAAAUCCCUCGUCACCCUCGGCUCCGUCAUCUCUGCGCUUGCAGAAUCAAGCCAGCAGGCUGACAUUCGUACACAAAAAACAAAGAAGAAUGUGUUCAUCCCAUACCGAGAUUCCGUAUUAACAUGGCUCCUUAAAGAUUCCCUUGGCGGUAAUUCCAAGACAAUCAUGAUUGCUGCGAUAUCUCCAGCGGAUUGCAACUACGGUGAGACGCUGUCGACGCUACGCUACGCCAACCGCGCUAAGAACAUUAUUAACAAGCCCACAAUCAAUGAGGAUCCAAAUGUGAAGCUUAUCCGCGAGCUGCGGGAUGAGAUCGACAAGCUGCGUGCGCAGAUCACACACAAUACGAACCCCGUGGAAGCAGAACCCGCGGUGCUAGCGACGUUACAACGUAAAGAAGCACAGGAGAAAGUCCUGACAGAGAAGUGGACAGAGAAAUGGCGCGAGACACAACAAAUCCUGCAGGAACAGAAGGCGCUGGGGCUGCGCAAGAGUGGCCUCGGUGUAGUGUUGGACUCUGAUAUGCCACAUCUUGUCGGUAUCGAUGACAAUUUGCUGUCAACUGGCGUCACGCUAUACCAUCUUAAGGAGGGUGAAACAGUGAUAGGAAGCGAAGAGCUAUCUCCGACUCCGGACAUCGUACUGAGCGGCGCGGGCGUGCUGCCGCUGCACUGCCGCGUGGUGCUGCGCGAGGGCGUGGCCACGCUGCUGCCAGCGCCCGCCGCGCAGUGCUGGCUUAACACUGUCUUGCUGGAUGGACCCGCGAAGCUCAGCCAGGGUUGCAUCUUGCUGUUAGGUCGCACCAACAUGUUCCGCUACAACGACCCGGCGGAGGCGGCCAAGCUGCGGCAGGGGGGCAGCGCCUCCGUCAUGAACCUCUCGCGCCUCUCGCUGCUCUCCUGGUCCACCACAGACCUCGCUGCUAGUACUGAAAACCUCAACACCACAUUAUCUGACCUGGAGAGUGAGAUAAAGUGCGAGCGUAUCGAGGCGCAACGCGCGGAGCUGGAACGCGAGCGCCAGCAGUUCCUGCUGCAGCAGCAGGAGCGGCAGCGGCGCUGGCAUGAGGAGCGGGAACAGCUGCUAAUGGCGCAGAAGAAACUCGACGAGGAGCGUUCAGCAAUGGAGCGGGAGUACGCUGCAGCAUGCCGGCGGCUGUCGGGCGACUGGCGCGCGCUGGAACGCGGCUGGGCGCUGCGCAGACGCGCGCUGCGCUGCCGACAGCGAGAGCUGGCAGCGCGCGUGCAGCGACACGGCGCCGCGGAGGUUGCGGCGCGCGCACACAUAGAAAAAGAGGAGGUUGAGAUAUCAAAUCUGCAAGAUAAACUCGUUGUCAAGAGGAAAGAGCUGAAGUCUUUUGUCAAAAACAGCGUCAAGGAACUGCUGGGAAAAGGAUUCGAACUGAAUAAGAGUUCCAGUCCAAGUCCUGAUAGUCCUGCGUCGGAGACGUCGACAGAGAGCCUGAUGCAUUUGCUGCAGCAGUGCGAGCCCAACACCGCGAUCACCAUCAAGGACACCGUCGACAGGCAUAAGAAAGAGUUGGAGGAUUUGGAGCAGGAGCUGCAGAGCCGCGUGGCGACGGUGGCGUCGCACCGCGUGAAGGUGGAGCGGCUGCAGGCGGAGCUGGCCGCGCUGGGGGCGCAGCGCCGCGGCCUGCAGCGCGCGCUGCGCGGCGCCAGGCCGGCCUCCGCUGACGCUGAGCACGACAGCGACACGCCACCGGCGACCCCUACUGGCGUGAAGCGAAGCAAGUCGGAGCUGGUACUGCGCCACGCUCGCAACAACUCCCUCGACACCAGCGAUACACUUGACUCUGUCGACCCCCUUUCCGCCGCGGAGAGAGAACUCUUCCAGAACAAGAAGAUGAGCUUGAGUUUAAGUCUAGACCCGCUCCCCUCGCCGAACUCAGCACUCCCCACCGAGGAGACGUUCCACACGGCGACGAGCACUCCCAAGGCGUUCCCCGGAGACUCCGCCCCCGGCUCGCCCUCCGCCCCAGCCCCCGCCGCCGCCCCCGCGCACCCCGACCAGCCCCGCCCCCGCUUCCGCCUCGGCCCCGCCCCGCCUGAUGACAGCGAUGAUAUGUCCAGUACUGAGGAUUAUUGCAAGCCGAGAAUAGUGGAAGGUCAGUCUUCGAGUUCAGUAGAACGUUCGCCUGAAGAAAGACAUCAGAGAAUCAAAUAUCGGAAGAGGGUUACAGGAGACAAGGGUCGCCGGCAGGUGACGGAGGCGGAGGCGCUGCGCGCGAUGCAGCGGCUGUGCUCGCGCAUCGCCACGCAGAAGCUCCUCGUCAUCUCCUCGCUGGAGAACGACUGCUCUAAGGAGGAAUUGAAUAGACAAAUAGCGGUGCUCCAAGAGCUGCAGAAGAAAUACGUCCGGCUAGAGAUGGCGCUGCAGUACUCGUUCUUCGACAAUCAGGCGAGCAGGAGACCCAUCAUGGUCACUCCCAUACAGGAGACACCUUCCCUCACGCUGUCCGAGAGCGACAUGCACGUCGCCACUGAACAUAAUGAAGAACACACCUUUGAAGAUCCUUUACUAAAUAGGUUAAAAGAGACGGAAGCGGAGGCGUCGGAUAAUGUAUCGACGUCCAAUGACGAGCUGCCGUGCGAGGGGGCGUGGCGCGACCCGCUCUCUGCCGACCCACGCGCGCCCGCCCUGCCCGGCCCCGGCCCUGGACCUCUAAAUGAUGACACUACAACGCUAGGCCUAUCACAUCCUAUUAAUUUUGCGGAGGUGGUGAGCAUACCGGGGUGGGUGGUGCGCGGCGCGGGCGCGGGCACGCACCACGAGUACGAGGUGCGCGUGUGGCUCGGCCCGCACUGCCACUGGCAGCUGCUGCGCCGCUACCGCCGUUUCCGCGACCUCUACCUCGCCAUGCGCCGCCUCUACGGCAACAAGGUGGCGGCGAUCCCGUUCCCUGCGCGUGCGCUGUGGUCGUCAGAGGCGCUGGCGCGCGCGCGGCGGCCGCAGCUGGAGGCGUUCCUGCGCCGGCUGCUGGCUGCGUGUGCGCAGGACGCGCGCUGUCCGCUGCACGCCGCGCCACUCACUAGAGACUCGCUCGUCGCCUUCUCGCCCUUCUUCCGAAAGGGCGUAUUCGAGAGCGGCAAGUGCGGCACGGGAUGAUACCGGCCGGAGCUCGCCACGGCGCGCGCGCUGGCGCGGUGCGUGGCGCGACUGGCGCGGCUGGCGGCGGCGGCGGCGCUGCUGCUGGCGCGCUGUCUUGCGCUGCUGUUGCUGCUGCUGUACCUGUGCGCGCCGGCGCACCGCACGCGCCGCAGGUAGGACACGCGCAUGCGGACAGCCGACAAUAACGGGAUUAUUCCCAACCGUCACCCCGCUAUGUCACCACGUGGGAAAAGAUGAGAACAAAAAGUUUCAUCCAUCCCACCUUUUAGUCCCACUAUCACCAAUAAGGUGACAGAUGGAACCGUUAUGAAAUAAAAUAAGUUCCAACCGUCACCUUGUCGCAAAAGUUGGGACGGAUAAAACUUUUUAUUCUCAUUUGUCCCCACGUGGGGACAGAGCGCGGUGACGGUUGGGAAUAAUGCGAAUAACGCGGGAAAAGGGAACACACAACAAUUCUUUACAUCUUUAAUACUGAAACAUUUUACUUUGUACUCCUUAAGUUCGCUACGAACGCUCAGAUCUAACUUAAAGUUAUGUAGGCUAUAACCAAAACUAAAACUGACAGUACAACUGUUUAGAGCACGCACCUUUGACCCAACUAUCGCACAACUGUUUAGUCUCUGAUUCCUGUGAGCUUAUAUGAAGGUGCGCACUACUCGAUUUUAAUUUUGCA